CGCAAAAUAUUUUUUCACUAUUUUAGCCACCCAAUGAAAUUAGCGACGUAUACAAGUAAGCGUCCCUUUAAUAACACAGUCCUGUCAUCUCGUAAAUGUGUGUAUUUUGAGAAUUUUAGUGCUGUUAAAAGCGGAUAGAUGUCUAAAGAAGUUUCUGAAAAAGUGGAGGCCGACAGACCAGAUAUUGAGGGUCAGUCUGACGAAAGCAGCGACGAAGCCGAAGCUUCAGGAGAUACUGAAAUGGACUUUCUGCGGAGUCUCUUCUCACGAACUCUUGGCUUGAGUUCUGGAGAGAAAGUUUUGGAUGAGUUGACAUUGGAUGGUGUGGCCCAAUACAUCAAGAGUGGAAAAUGCAAGAACAUUAUCUGUAUGGUCGGGGCAGGAAUAUCAACAUCGGCUGGAAUCCCAGAUUUUCGUUCACCUGGCACCGGUCUUUAUGCAAACCUGCAGAAGUACAAUCUGCCUUACCCAGAAGCCAUUUUCCAAAUUGACUACUUCAAGAAACAUCCUGAGCCCUUCUUUGCUCUGGCAAGAGAGCUCUACCCAGGACAGUUUAAGCCAACAGUGUGUCACUACUUCAUAAAGAUGCUGAAAGACAAAGGUUUACUGCGACGCUGUUACUCUCAGAAUAUUGAUACACUAGAAAGAGUAGCGGGUUUGGAAGGAGAGGACCUUAUUGAAGCCCAUGGAACUUUCCACACGUCUCACUGUGUGAGCUUCCCAUGCCGAAAGGAGUUUUCUAUGGACUGGAUGAAAGAAAGGAUUUUCUCUGAAGAUAUUCCUAAGUGUGACUCCUGUGGAAGCUUGGUUAAGCCUGAUAUUGUGUUUUUUGGGGAGAAUCUACCUGCCCGAUUCUUCACCUCCAUGAAAAUGGACUUUCCACAAUGUGAUCUUCUCAUUAUUAUGGGCACAUCACUGCAGGUGCAGCCAUUUGCAUCUCUGGUCAGCAGAGUAUCAAACAACUGUCCCAGACUCCUUAUUAAUAUGGAGAAAACUGGACAGUCUGAGUUUGGAGGGGGAUUAUUCGGUUUAGGAGGUGGAAUGGAUUUCGACUCAGAUAAAGCGUACAGAGAUGUGGCAUACCUGGGCACCUGUGACGAUGGCUGCUUGGCUUUUGCUGAUCUGCUAGGCUGGAAAGCAGAGCUGGAAGAGUUGGUGAAACGUGAACAUGCUUUGAUCGAAAGCAAAGAUGUUAAAAAGAAAGACAAGGAGGCCAAUCAGAGCUCUCAAAGCCCUCGGGCGGAGUCUGCAAAAAGUAAAAAGACUGAAUAGCCAAUCGGAGCAUGCACAGGCUGUUUUAUUUUUUGGACCCUAAUAGAUCAAUACAAUACAAUACAAUACAAUACAAUACAAUACAUUCGUCUCUCUGAGCUAUUAUGUCUUUCACCUGGCUGUCUAAUGUAAGAGCAGAUAGCAAUAGACACAACUGAAAUAGUACAGAAACCUCAAAGGGCUCAGAUAGGAAGGCCGAGAAAUAGACAGCACAAUGUGUGUGAUGCAUGUAAAAACGCAGAACUGUAAAUGAAUGAGAAUUCACACGUUAAUCCCAUCGAAAACAAAUGUGUGAAUGACAGAGACAUGGUGUGUUGUGUCUAAUGUGUCAGAACUGUUGUGUAAGAUGCAAAUUAUCCAACCUUUAUAAGCCAAAUAGUACACCUAAUUUUAUAUGUAAUUCUUUUGAGCAAUAUAAACCUGUGGUUUGUUAUUUUAUACUCCUUAACUCUUUAUGUUACUUUAUACGCCAAGUGUUGCUUUAAUGUAAAGUAUUAUAAUCACUGAGUUGGGAGUAUAUGCAUGACAGCUCUUAAAUUGCAUGUUUAAAAAAGUGACACAUAUAUGGUUUUGUAUUUACUAGUUUAUUAAGAAUAGAGAGAUUGAUGCAUGUAUUAGAUAGAACAAAGCAUAAGGGAUACAUUACAGUUUAAAGGAUGAUUUAAAGACCUUUCUUCGUGGGAGAAAACGCAGAGGAGCCAGGAGAAGAGACUUUGUCGUAUAUUUAAGAUAUUUGGGGAAUUUCCCAGUAGACGUAAGAAUCAAAGGCUUGCCAUGAGGCCCUGAAUAUGAUUCCUGGAAUUCGGACCUGAGACCGUACCUAUAAAUUGAUGCUGAUGCAGAACUUGUGCAGAUCUGGACGCCGCGCAGCAUCCAGCAUCUCCGUUGUCUGACAGCCUGAAAUCUUGUGUGCUCUAGACUUAAUACUUUUUAGACUUUAUUUUUGUUUUAUUACUUUUAGCUAAUUUGGGAUUUUUAUUUCUUUUCCUUUUAAUUCGGCAAAACUUGUAAUCGCAACUAACUAAAUUGUAUUAAUAAAUUUGAU